UUCAUUGUGCGGUGGCAGCAACCGACAUACACACAUUAAGGCGAGAGCCGCCCAGGGGGCCGUUCGUACAUCUCUUGCUGCUGCCGCUGCCCACCGUCCGCCCUUGCAGACGGGCUCUUGCGCUCUUCCGCGGAGCAGAGACGCAGCCAUGAAUCUGGGGGACGGUUUAAAGCUUGAAACUGAAAUACUGGAUGGAAAACCUAGACUGAUAGUGGCUCCUUGUGUAAAUAAGUCGAAACCAGGCAUAAGGAUAUGUAAUAAAAACAAGAUUUUAAAAUACACGUCAAGAUCAAAACCAAAUGGGCAUAUUCUGAAAUCAGUGCAAACAUCCUGUGAGAAGCAUGAAUGUUUAACAAAACAGAAAACCGGAUCAGUGACCAAAGCUAGUAAACAUCCUGAAACUGUGAGGAUUACUAAGAAUUUAUCAAAAGGACCCUGUAAUAAAGAUGAUGCUUUUAUAAUGCAAAAAGACAAUACAAGUUCAAAGCCAGAUAAUGUCAGAAAUUCAGUUAAGAAACCUUUGGCAUCCAACAAGAAAUUUAAGAAGCAUUCUCUUUCUGUUGAGGAUCUAAGGGACAGUUUGGUAUGUUUAACACAAGAGCAGCUGGAGCAGAUUUUAAUGGCAGUAAAAGAAGGAACCCAAGGAGCCACUCAGGUUCUGGAUGAAAAGAAAGGAGAAACAAACACCAAAACUCUUGAUGAUCAGACUUCAGAAGAACAUAUAAUGGGAUUGCUUCAGAAAGUUGGUGAUGCUCCAUCUCUUUCAAGUGAAAAUAGUUUCUGUUCAAAAAAACCCCAAGGAAUCUCUAGACAUGCUGAACAGAAAAUAAUAAUGAAUUCAUGGAAACCAGCUGACAUGUUUAGUACUCUAGGAGAACGAGAGUCGGAUAAAACCUUGUUAGAUGCUAAGAAAUCUCAGUGGAAGAAAGAACUAGAUGAACAAGUAGCUUUAAAGAAGAAGCUAAAAGAAACUUUGGAAACAGAGUCCAGACACCACCAGAGGCAGCCAGUUGAUACAGUGAAAAGCUGCUUAGAAAAAAGACAAAACAGUCAUCAAGUAAAGAUGACAUCAUCAGACAACUUGUCUCCUGCAGCAGAAGAUAUCCAUUCUCUUAGAACUUCAAUCAUUGAGCCUAGUGAAACUUCUCCCAGUGUGUCCAGUAAUCGAACUGAACAGUUCUCUAGUUUCAGUUCUCCUGAUUUGCCAGCUGCUAUUCGAACAGCAUUUGUGCUAGGGGAAGCAACACCAGUAGAGCGUCCUUUUAGUGCUGUGAAACGUGAGCAACAGAAAAAAUGGCUUGAAGAGCUUGAUAAGCAAAAGGAAGCUGACAAGCUACGAAAAAUGGAAGAAAAAUGUAAUUUUUUGAAGGGUGAAGAGCAUGACAAAUGGACAAUACAUUUUGAUUCUUUCAAGAAUCAUAUGAAUUCGUUUGCACAAUAUCCUUUAAAUACAACAUAUCAAAAGACUCCUGAGGCUAUACAGCUCUCCCAGGACCAUACAGCUUGUACAACUUCACCUUUGUCUUGUCUCACACCGACAGAGAUAGAGAUUCCAGGAAAAGCAGUUGGAAACUAUAUUUCAGAGCCAAAUCAAAAAGCCAGUUACCUUCGUUCAAUGACUGCUCUUCUGGAUCCUGUUCAAAUUGAGGAACGAGGGAGACGACGACAAAAACAAUUAGAGCAUCAGAAAGCUAUAAUGGCACAAGUGGAAGAAAAGCGAAAGAAGAAACAGAUGGAAGAGGAACAAAGAAGGCUGGAAGAACAAGAAGAAGAGCGCCGGCUUGCCAGAGAACAGGAAUUGAUGAAGAAACAGUUUGAAGAAGAUCUGCUAAAGCAGAAACAAAAAGAGGAAAUCAUGGCCCUUAAAACAAAUGAGUUGUAUCAAACAAUGCAGAAAGCUCAAGAAUUAGCUCAAAGAUUAAAACAAGAGCAGCGAAUUAAAGAUUUAGCUCAGAAAGGACAUGACACUUCAAAACUGCAGAAGAAUCUUGGUGGUGGUGAUAUUACAAAGGAGAAUAAUUACAUUGACUUGAAUAGGGUUUUAGAGACUCCUAAUCAGAAGCACUGUUUUGCAGAGACUAAUAAUGAAACAAAUGAGAGAAAGAAAACUAAUUUCUCUCCUCAGAAAGACACAGCUGUGCAGACAGAGUUUGCAAUCACUGAUUUUCCCACUGAUUCUGAAAUUUCCCCUACACCAGCUGGGGAAGGAAGAAUGGACUGCGCAUCUCCAGAUGUUGCUGUAGAAUAUAUAAUGGACUUCAGCAAUAAAAGAAGCAAGAAAGAAGCACAAUAUCUAGAUAAAAAGAUUUCAGAAAAAGAGAAUAUUAUCAGCAGUUGCAGUCGCUAUGAACAGUAUUCCCCAAAGCAGAAACAUCCCAAGGCAGUGGGAAAAAAUGGGAAAAAGGUGGACUGGAACAUAAACAAAUCUUGCAAAAGAUAUAUUCCAGCCUCUGAGAAAUAUCCCAGACUCCAGCAAAAGCAGAGGGAAGAAAAGAAAGCACAGCGACAAAUGGCACUGCUUCAGUUGGUUGAAAGAAACAACCCUGGUAAUCUUUGCAAAAAAAAAGAUGUUUCUCCAGAUAGAGCUCUUUCACCUCACAAGGAAGAUGAGGUCAAAAAUAAGGAAGAACAAUUCUCAAAAAAAUUAUUUGAACAAAGAUCUGACUCCCCACCUGUUCCAGCAGUUAAAAACAAAUUACAGCAACAACUAAAGACUUCUGAUUUCCCAGUUCUUAACAGCAAAAAUGGAAGCCCAAAGAGUAUUUCUACAGAGCAGCAUGGGAAUGAAAGACCUCUUCCAAAUGCGGAAACUGAAAGACCUCCUUCAUCUCAUUUUGUUCCUUAUGUGCGAACAAAUGAAGUAUAUUACCUUGAUCCAGAUGCACCCUUGACUAGGCCCUCCACGCAUGAGCCACAAUACCAAGAGCUGAAUGAUACUUACCAUAAACCACGGCAGGUUUUUAGCUCUGAUCACAUAAGGGAUCCUCUUUUUAAUCCUAAUAUGGUGAGAGACAGGCAGCAAGCCAUACUCAAAGGACUUUCAGAGCUACGACAGGGGCUCCUUCAGAAGCAGAAAGAACUGGAGACAUGCUUUAUUCCAAGUCGUAUGACUCAAGAAGAAAACUUUAUUUUACCGCUUUAAGAAUUUCAGCUAUGAUGAAUGGAUGUUUUGCUGUGUUGGCACUUUAUACUGUAAUUAUGAACCAAGUUUGUAGAAUAUGGGCUUUUGUAUAUUUAGGAUAAACUUUCAGUAAUGAAUUUUAUUUCACAUGAAACUGUAUGAUAAUGUGAUCUGUUUACACAGUAUUUGUAUCACUAAUUUAAAUUGUAUGUGAGUAUUUAGCAUGAAAAAUAAAAUACUUGAAUUUUCAAUA